UCAACUCCGUACUGGGCCUCUCUCGACCGUCUCUCAUCUUAAGGGCCAGCCUACUUUCUCGCGGGCUUCCGUCUCUCUUUUUCAUCUCCUGAAAUUCUCUCUCCGGCGAUCACUGAUCUCCGACGGCAGCUUCUUCCGCCUCUGAGACCGACGCGUUCAUCGCCGAGCUAGCUGAAGCUAAAGAGACUUAGUAUUGCUCGAGUAGAAAUGGAAGGAGCUCAAGGUUUGCGGAAACGCCUGAAACCAGCUGUAGAAGAGAAGGAAAAGGACAUUGGAGAUAUGGCCAUUACUGAAGUAGUAGGAAAGGAAGAAGCGGUGCCCGAGGUCAUGGGCUCUGAAGAGAUGGAGCUUCACAUUGCUCACUUACUUGACAAGAUUGAGAACUUCACUCAGCAGGUAUCUGAGCUUCUUGAAUCAGGGAAAACCAUGUUCAAGGAACUGAGCAACGAAUUUGAAGAGCGAUUAAUCACGAUGCACAGGGAGCGGGUAGAGAAAUGGCAGGAGGAGAUCAGAGAAUUAAGGAUGCUUGAUGCCAUGAAUGAAGAGACAAAUGCUGUUCUGCAAAAUGCUCAGUUCUUACUCCAAAACCCUCAGAUGGGCUCCUGAACUGCAAGCGGUUCCCUUGGAUCAUGAUUGAAGCAUCUCUGAGCUUCAUGCUGUUAGUGUAACGGUAUUUCGGUUGUUGACUCAUGAUUUAGUGAAUUGAGGUAAGAGAACUAUGUUCGAAGAUAGCAGUCUGGAUUUGCUGCCCGAGGAAAACUAGUGACUAGUAGUCUUCUCAUAUAGACGUAAAACAAUGUUAAAACAGUUGAGUAUCUGACACGAACAUGAAUACAAAUGUAAGAUCGGAUAGCAUGACAUCUCCAUAUCCUGAAGAAAGGAAACUUAUAAUUUUGUUUA